CGCCCGUCCGUCAGUCGACCGCCGUCAGCGGACUUAACCAGUCUUGUGCAAUAAUUUCUCCCGAGUUCAAGUUCAAGUGAGGUGAAGUGGACAAAACGAAAAAAAACACAAGCUGAUUAGCCGGAACUGUGAAAAGUGUCUUCUCUUCCGCUCCAAUCCGCUUAGGGAUUCUCUUUCGGAAGUUGGACCGAGAAACGGAGCGAACAAAUUGGAAACAAAAAUCCUGUCGAAAUUGGUUCGGAAAACGGAGGUGAUUUGCAAUUGGAAAAUUGGAAACCGGGCAAUUGUGAAGGAUUGCAAAAUGUUCUUAACUAGAACGAUUGAAAUCGAAGUGGAUUAUUUGAGGAACCGGACCAUGGAUGAAUUUGCAUGAGUCGGACAAAAACAGCUGAUUUUGAGUUCGAUUUUCAUACGCAUUCGAGACAAUGGACAAUUUUCAACUUCACGCAUUAAAACAACAACAAUGGAAACCUGUGCGAACAUGUUUAGCAUUUCGGCGUGAAAACAGAGAAAAAAACUGACAGAAACUCCAUAUGGCUGUCUUUUUUGUGUAAACACACAUACAAAUGCAUCUCGUCAGAGACAGGGUCCAGAAUUUGAUGCAACAUACUGUCACUGAUAGCAAUAAAAUCAUAUAAGAAAGGGAGAUGCAAUGAGUAUAGAAUCCCAUUCAAGAUUGGGUGAAAGUGAUAAUCAGAUUUGGAAGUCUAAAAUCCCGGUUUUACGGGAAGAAUUUUGAGCAUUAGACUGACGACACCUUCGACUGUUUUGAUUCGCAUCAUCGCUGCAACACGCAUCAUGCAACAGUAAUCCACACCGAGCAGAAGUGUUGCAUCAUUCGAACGCUACACAACUAGGACGGCGGCGGUUUUUCAGCUAGGCUACAGCUGGCUCUAUCAUCACAGUUUUAGUCGCAGUUCAAGAGCAUCCAAAGGCAACCAAAAAAAAAAUGGUCGAUUCACAAGAUUUGAAAAUCGAAUCCUACAACGAGGAGGCCGAAGUGGCCAGUGACGAGGAGAUGUUUCCGCUGACGGGAAAUUCGCAACAGUUGCAACAACAGCCAUCCAACUACGAACUCAAGGAUUGGGAUAGCCAGACAAUGGAGCUCUUCAAUAGUCAGACGUUUGCCGAUGAUGCUAGCAAGGUGUUGAGAUGUGGCGAUUUUGCCACCGGUUCGCAAGAUUACGAACUACCCAUUUCGUUGAAGAGCUUAGAAAACCUAGCUCCAGGAGAAUCAAUUAAUGUGGAAGUUUUCAACGGUCAAGUGGAUGACACUCAACCCACAACCACCACCAAUCUGGACCAUUUGCGUCAAUUUCCAUCGGUUGAUCCGAUGAUCGUGCCAUGGAUCAAUUUCCAAGUCAGUCUACCGAGCGAAACCAGCGACAAAACUAGCUGGAUGUUCUCUCGAAAACUCCAGAAACUAUUCGUCAAAAUGGGAAACACUUGCACGUUCAAUGUUUCCCAACUGCCGUCCCCCGAUCGGGACACUACAGUCCGUGCCAUGGUGGUCUGUUCCACACCGGAGGACCGCCAUCUUCCAGUAUCUCGGUGCGAUAACCAUCGGUGCAGCGACAAUCAGGACAUCCCGGACUCUAUCAAAACACAUAUCGUUCGUUGUAAGAACGAGCAGGUCACCUACACCGGAACCAAAGAUGGCAAAACCUUCGAGGAGCGAUUGGCCGUUCUAGUCCCGAUGGGUCAUUCGGCCAAAACAGGCAUCACGCUGGAGUUCGUGUGCCAAAAUUCCUGUCGAAAUAUCAAUCGCCGGGCGACAGCCCUAGUUUUCACUCUGGAAGAUCAAGCCGGACGGAUCCUCGGCCGUCAGGUGUUCCAAAUCAAGAUCUGCACCAACAUCAAGCGAGACAUGGUGAACGAGGAGAAGGCCGUCAUGGAGGAGUCAUCUCGGAAGCGGAAAGCCGCCGCCCAAUCGUGGGAGCACAAACGUGGCAAGAAGAUCGUGCGGUACCACUCCGGUCUACCACUUUCACACUCGCAAACUUCCGCCGGCAUCCAGAUCAAGGAGGAAUCCGGCAAUCGGCGCUGCAACAUCGACCCCGUCACGUUUACGGUCACUAUGCCGAACCGGCGGAUGGCCAGACGCAUGCUGGACAUCGGCAUAGGACAGAUAUCGACCGCGGUGGUCAAUACCUCCAACGACGCGGAACGGAACGAGCUGAUGCAGUUCGUGCAUGACAUUCGCCGCAUUAAAUCUUCGUUUGCUUUACCCAACAGCCAAAGCAGCGUGGACAGCGAUUGAAGCACGCCCUUCCCCAUUUUUUGUUGGAAUCGCUACUUAGGUUUAGUUUGUAGUUUGUAGAUGUACGUUUGUAAAACAGAAAAUAUUUAUUCGAUUAAGUUUUAAAGUAUUCGACAAAAUUUACCUGAUCAAUGUAUGUAGCGUUAUGUUUAUACCAAGUUAAGAUGUGUACGUAAGACUACGGAUAACCAGUGUUUUUUAAAACUGAUAACAAAAAUAGCAUGUCGAAACGAUCCAUUCGACUAGUAAUAAAAAAAAACUAAGAAAUAUUAAGCGGACAAAUCAAAGUCAGUUUUCAUAUGAA